AUGUUGUUUUUGAUUGUAUGUGCAGGCAUUUUUUCCCAGCUGUCCUCAAGCAGCCGCCAUGGUCAUGGGCAAGUCAGAUUGUGUGCAUCGACCGUGCUUUCUUCUCAGCAGAGGAGCAACUCUACAUCGUCAAGAAUUACAGUAGAUUUUGACCAGAAAUCAGGCGUAGCCGUUAUGCAGCUGAAGAAUCCUCCUGUCAACAGCCUCAGUUUGGACUUCCUCACUGAGAUUUGCAUCAACUUGGAGAAACUAGAGAUGGACAAGAGUUGCAGAGGCCUCAUCAUCACCUCUAGUCUACCUAAAGUUUUCUCAGCUGGACUGGACAUUUUGGAGAUGUAUGGUAAAAGUCCUGAAAGCUGUGGGGCAUUCUGGAAAGCUGUUCAGGAAAUGUGGCUGAAAUUAUACAGCUCUAACAUGGUCACAAUAGCUGCAAUCAAUGGUUCCAGUCCCGCAGGCGGCUGUCUAAUGUCAAUGACAUGUGACCAUAGGAUAAUGGCUGACAACCCGCGGUACAGCAUCGGCCUUAAUGAGACUCAGCUUGGCAUAGUGGCGCCUUUUUGGUUUAAGGACACCAUGGUUAAUACAGUAGGCCAUCGGACCACUGAGAUGGCCUUGGGUCUCGGGUUACUCUACAGCCCAACAGAGGCUCUGAAGAUAGGACUGGUGGACCAGAUAGUACCAGAAGAUAAGCUCAUGACCACAUCGGAGCAAGUAAUGGCCAAGUGGCUGGCCAUUCCAGACCAUGCCAGACAAAUCACCAAGUCCAUGAUGAGGAAGCCAACAGUCGACAAGUUGACAUCCAAAAGAGAGGCCGACAUUCAAAACUUUGUGAGCUUCAUCACAAAAGACGCAAUCCAGAAGUCACUCCAAAUGUAUCUUGAGAUGCUCAAAAAAAGAAAGGCAUAA